AUGCACAUCCCUCUAGUGGGGUUGUUUGCCUCGCUUCUGGCUGCAGGGGUUUGCGCUGCGCUGAUUGUGGCGGGGGCGGAAUCCGUGGACCGCGGUACACGAGCCCAUCUCGAAGCUGCUCGGCGCCAAAAAAAGGAUUCAAAAAAAGAGAAGAAGAACAAGGACAUGCGCACGGCUCGCGGUGAUGCCGAUCUGCUGCGCGGAUUCUUGACCUCAGCUGCUCUCGUGGUUCUGGGGGUGCUCUUCAUUCGUCACGCCUACUGGACUGCUACUACAACAUAUGCAGGCAGCGACCUUUUCCCUAGCGUCACGCUGCAAAAUGAGACCCGUCUCAUCUAUUGGGAUGUUGAGGAAGCUGUUGACUUUGUGCAUCAGCAUCUGCCCCCCGAUUCCAAGGUCCUGGCGUGGCGUGACCUCGGUCCCGUCUUGACUGCCCACACAACCUUGUCCGCCGCCGAGCCUGGCUCUGGCCAGUCCACGAAUGGCAGCGCUCUGGCUCAUGCUGCUCGUCUAUGGACCUUGACAGAGCAGGAAGCCGUGCAUGAGCUGCGCAAGCUGGGUGUGGAUUACAUCGCCGUCAAAUUUGGUGGUGCCAUUGGUCUGACUGCCGAUGAUAUUGGGCAGCUUACCACCAUGGUUCGCCUUGCAGCUCAUGUUGAUGAUUCCAUAUCAGUGGGUGACUUUUUGACCAAGGCCGGGACGUUUCGGGUCACAACAGCGGCGCCCGAACGACUGGCUGAGAGUUUGCUCUACAAACUAUCCUAUCAUGACUUUGCCUUCCAUCAGACUAAAUUAGGCAAGGGUCGAGGUUACGAUCGGGCACGCCGGGCGGAGAUUGGUCACAAAUUUACUGAGCUGGAGGAGUUGGAGCAUGUCUUUACGAGCUCAAACUGGCUGGUGCGGAUAUAUCGCGUGCUGCCAGCAACCAACCGCGAUCUGCGCUUUCUUCAAGCAUAG